CUUUUUUUUUUCUACUAUUCUCCCCGAGAGAAAAAGACGAGCACCCGUAUCUCGGAGGUGUCAGCAGAGCGACGCGGCGGGAGCGAGACAGACAAAGAGUAACGCUCCGGUGUCUCCGCCGCCAACGUCCUGAAAAGCAUAUAUAUAUAUAUUCCUUGUUUGUUAAUCGGGCAUAUUCUUAUGAUCUGUUGGAAUGUCGUCGUCGUCGGCGCUAAUCAACCUCCCUCCGGCAACCCAGUUUCCCAGAUUAUCCAUCACUUGUUCUACAUUUCGGAAUUCUCACUGGACCAAUAGGUUCUCCAUCACACCGCCUCUACUGACCCAUUUCCAGAACAGUGAAUUCCUCCUCACCCCCCUCCCAAAAUCUGUUCAUUCUAGGAGAAGACUACCUAAAGCUUCAAUAGUAGAUGAGGAGGGCCUUGCACAUCGAACGGAUGUCUUUCGCCCAGCUGAUAUCUUGGCAUAUGAUCUAAUUCAAGGAGCAAAUGUAAGAUGGAGUUAUAUUAUGGACAAGUCAGUACCCCAUCCUCCAACAGCUGUUCUCGUUCAUGGAAUUUUAGGCUGUAGGAAGAACUGGGGAAGUUUUGCUCGAAGAUUGGCGCAAGAAUUCCCAAAAUGGCAGUUCCUAAUGGUAGACUUGCGCUGUCAUGGUGAUUCUGCCGCAAUUAACAAGAGGGGUCCGCAUAAUGUUCAUUCAGCUGCUCUAGAUGUCUUAAAACUUCUAGGGAAACUGAAAAUAACGCCUCGUGUUGUAGUAGGUCACAGUUUUGGAGGAAAAGUUGCCUUGAGCAUGGUGGAUCAAGCCGCAAAACCACUGGCACGACCAGUCAGAGUAUGGGUUUUAGAUGCGUCUCCUGGAAAAGUCCGAGCUGGUGGAGAUGGAGAAGACCAUCCAGCUGAAUUAAUUUCUUUUCUUAGUACAUUGCCAAAAGAGAUUGCUUCAAAGCGGGAGGUUGUGAAUUUGUUGGUUGCAGAAGGAUUUUCAAAAGAUGUUGCACAGUGGGUCGCAACUAAUCUCAGGCCAAGCAGCACGCCCACUUCUUUACCUGGUUUCUCAUGGGCUUUUGACCUCAAUGGAAUUUCUGAGAUGUAUCAAUCCUAUGAGGAAACAAACAUGUGGAAAAUAGUGGAAGACGUGCCAAGAGGUGUACAUGUUAACUUUUUGAAAGCGGAAAGGAGCUUACACAGGUGGGCUCUUGAAGAUCUUCAGAGGAUUCAUGCUGCUGAGGAGGUGGCAGUUGAUGAGGGGGGAGGAGUAGAAAUGCAUGUCCUUGAAGAUGCUGGUCACUGGGUGCAUGCUGACAAUCCAGAUGGCCUCUUCAGGAUUCUUUCUUUCUCAUUUCAUGGAGUUUAAAUUGAGACACUUUUGAGAAUGCCAAUGGGAAUAUGACUACAAAAAAUUGUACUUUUUGUUAAAUCAUCAUUUUCUCACAAACACCCCCCUCACCCACCAAAAAAAAAUGGUCAUUAGCAUAGAUUCAUUCUAGGGGUUAAGCGGUUUUGACUUCAUCAGAAAUUGUUGUGUUUUUCAUAUUUUUCUACUUUGAUAAAAACAACUCAGGUAUUACUAGUGCUAAUAGUAUCAAGAUCAUCAUGGUAUCUUUUGAAAAUUGUAAUUCCUUAUUAAAAUGUUAUAUUUUAGUAUU